GCAACAGAGAACGAGCUUGCAGCAGCAUAAAUUCAAAGUCGGAGCGUGGGAAUUGCAAAUCACACAACAUCAACUGAGGCAGCAACACCAACACCAGCAACAGCAGCAACAGCAGCAACAUCGGCAACAUUAAUACAUGCAAUAAUCAUUGCUAGUACGGCAGCAAUAGCUCGCUUCUCAGCGCUCUCUUCUCGCUCUUGGCGCUCGGGGCCGGCGUUGUUCCAUCUGCCUCGCACCCGUUCGAGCAGCUCGUGAACGGUUCGCGUAUAUUUGGAGCCCGAGUGGGGAUCGCGCACAGUUGUGCUUGGAACGCUUCGGAGUAAAGAUCGUGCUCGUCGAUCGGCGCGAAAAAAAAGAAUUGAAUAUAUAUGAAUCCGAAAAUCGUGAAAAACAAAAAACCCCAAACCCAAACAAUUGACAAGUGAAAAAGAAAUUGUUUUCAAAAACACAAAAUAUCGCACGUAAAUUAGCAAGCGUUCGCAAGAAACAAGCCAAACAGUAAAAAAUAUAUAACAAAACCCAAAAAUUGGCUGCAAAUGUGAAGAGUUGAGACAGCGGAUAUACCGAGUGAAAUUUGUGUCAUAAGCAAAGCCAAAAGCCAAAAAAUAAGCGUAAAGAAACAAAACCAAACUUAUAAGAGCGCACAGUGACUGUGAAACUGUAAAGUGAUGUGUGGCAGCAGAAAAACAGCAUAAAGAAUGGCCAUAGACCUCCUGAUCCUGGCCCUGCUGCUCGUCUCGUUCCUGAUCAACCUGCUGGCGCUGUGUGCCUUCUGGAUCACCCCCGGUCUCCGCACCACCGCCAAUCGGUUCACCAUCAACCUCCUGGCCAUUAAUCUGAUUGGUUGCUGCAUCUUGGCCCCCACCCUAUUCCUGGGCCUGCCCUCCAAGUCGGGUGAAUCCCCUAUCGCCGUAGCUGACUCUGUGGAGGUCUACUCGAAGCCCGGCAACCAUCAGAUCACAUUUCUGAAAAAUGGACAUGUCGUGGAGCAGGACGGUGUGGUGGUGCACCGCAACACCAGCGAAACCGGCGAGGUCGUGGAGACCUUCUUCAAGUGCAAUGAAACCUAUUGCCGAGAGCUGACAAUCGACGAGCGCCAGGAUGGUGGCAUUGUAAUUACCGAGACGGAAACUCAUGAGGAGAAUCUCUCGGUGUUCGACGGGGAACCAACUACAGCUCCUUUGCUGCCUCCUGUCCAGCUGCGAUGCUGGUCCAUCGAUAUGACGGCUGCCCUAGGAGCACUGGCCGUGCUCCUGGUAGUGGGUGAUACCUGGUGUGCCGUUACCGAUCCUCUGCGCUAUCACAGCCGGAUAUCCGGGGUGAAGACCUGGAUUUUUAUCGCCCUCACCUGGGCAGUGGGUAUCCUGUUUGGAGCUCUGUCAGCCUUUCGGGUCCUUGACUUUGAGGCCGACACCUUGUUGAGCCGGCAACGCCGACUGGCAGCCACCUACUUCAAUAUCAGCAGCACCAACAGCAUCUUUGGAGUGGUCUAUGCCAGUAUAUAUUUCAUCGUCAUUAUCCUCCUGCCCUUUGGCUUCGUGUGCGGCAUGUACUGGAGGAUAUUCAGCGAGGCUCGGGGCAAUGGGCUACGCAUGCGUCAGAAUGGCUCGUCGCCGCUUCUGCAGAGUGCCCUCAACUUGAACGCCGGUCAGCAGGCGGCCCAGGCCAGCCAGUUCUCCAAUAGCCUGUGUGUCCAUCGCCAUUCCAUCUCCUCGGCCAGCUCCCAUGGAGGAACCAACAGUAUGGGCAUUGGUAUUGGUGGCCUGCAGAUGCAGAUCGAUCAGCGUCAGCAGCCCAGGAGCUCGCCCAGUUGCUUGCGUCGCGAUUCGGCAGCCAAGGUUCUCCUGCCCACCAUUUCCGAUGACGGGGGCUCAGAUGCUGAUGCGGAGAGCGCAGCGGGAGAUCAGUUGAUGCCCGUACCGGAGCAGGACAGGAAUCAGAAUAUUCUGCUGACCCUGCAAACAGCCAGUGGGGAGAUCAAGCGCAACUAUUCGGCGCGUCAGUUGCCCCUGUUGGGCACAUCCUCCCAGGACCUGAGGGAGGCCCACCGCCUGCAAGGCAUCCGCCAGGUGCACAGCUCCCCCAACCUGCACAAGUACACGGAGUUGAGGCAGGACUCGUUGAGCGAGGAGUGCGGGUCGCCGCAUCUUUUGGGCCACGAACAGAGGCAGCAACAGUUGCAGCACCAGCAGUCGCAGCAAAACAACCAGCCCCAGCAGCAGCACCACCACCAUCAACUGCAGCACCACCAUUCCACACCAUCGCCCCACCACCCGCACUUCAGCUCCCCGCGCCACCACGCCCUGCAAAUACCCGCCAUCCACGCCUCCCCGAAGGCCCUGAGCUACAUGAGCUCUCUGCGCCAUCGACUGAGCAAUGCCAGCUCGCUCUUCAAGUAUCGGGAGGAGUCGCGGGCAGCCAGGAUUAGCAUCCUGGUAGUGGUCAUGUUUGUUGUCUCCUACUUGCCCUUUGGCUUGCUAGUCCUGCUCCAGUCGCGCCUGUCGGCUGCCAACUUUGGCGGAUCCUCGCAGCUGGCCAUCUUCAUGAUCCUUCUGGCCAACGUCAGCUCGCCGUUCAUCUUCGCCUACCGCAACAAGAGAGUGCGGCGGGGAGUGAAGCGCCUAUGCGGACUAGAGUCUUCGUCGGGAUUGCAGCGCCACUGCAGCAGCAGUGUGAAGAACAACGGUGGGGGAGGAGCAACGCCUGGCAGUGGAGCUGCCCAGCUGCAGCGCAACAGCAGCAAAUUGUCGCAGUACAGCAGCAACAGCUGUCGCUACCUGACGCCUCAGAGCUCCUUGGUUAGUCAAGUGCCAGUGCACACCACCCUCACCCUGAGGCCCAACAGCAGUUGCAGUACCAUCAUUAACUUUGGAGCCACCAAGGGCUCGGCGGAGUCCGAAGACCCGCCACCGUCUUCACCACCACCACUCACUACUGUACCACCCGUCCGACCGCAACGACCCAAGCUGCAACGGGGCAUCACCAUUGUGGAGCACAUCGCUAUUACGCCGACGAUGCCACAAAAGUUCCAGAGCCGGCGGGGCAGACUCUUUGACAUGUUCUUCCGCGGCUCCAAGAAGCUGCAGACGAGCUGUCAGGGCCAAAGCUUGCCCACAGAGGUCUAGGGGGUUAUUGUUUAGAGUUUUAAACAUAAUCAGAAACAGAAACAGUUACAGUUAAAGUAAACUAAACUAAACUCGCUUGCUGAAGAAUUCUAUAAAACAGUAUUCGUAAUUUGUAAGUUAAAUGUUUAACAAAGACAAGGGCUUGAAUUUUGAGUUUUAAGACCAGAUCUUGCUGUCCUAGAAGCUUCUCAUGCCAAAAACAAAAGAAAAACACAAACGUAGUCAAACCAAAUAGUUUGAGAUGCUUUUAAUAUUAAAAAAAUGGAAAAAAUAACAUAAAAACAUAACAAGUACCUUAACGAAAACAAAACAAAUAGCAACAAUUGUGUACAAGUCAAAUUAACAAACCGAGAGAGAGUAGGGAUAAAUAUUCUUAUGCUGGAUA